UAGCAACCAUGUCCCAAAAGCAGGGGCAAGCAUGGCAGACGCUUCCUCUGCCUUUCCCUUCGGUUGGGAAGUGGACUCCGGCGCGCUGGUACCUCCCAAAGGCCGCCGACAAGACUGGAGACUGACUAGCAGUGGAGUGGGGCUUAAUUAUAGCCCAUCAUUGCCUUUCCCGCCGCCCUAUGCGCGAUCCACGAUCCAGGAACCGUUGCCACCUGCCUCCCAGAAAGUAUGGCAAGAUGAAGUCAUUCCCCGGCUGGCUACCACUGCACAACUUGCCCACUGCAUGAAAACUCAUAGGGAACUGCUAGCUCAACCCCGCUACUCUGUCUCUGCCUCACAUCAAGACGUCCGCUACAAUAAAGAUUUGAGAGAGAAGCUGAAGCUUAGAGCCUGGAGGUUCCCCCUAACUAUGGGCAACCAGAAGAGUGAGAUCCAAGCAAAUUUUCAUGGUUGGCCCAAUCUGCCGCACGACCCCACCUUUCAUGCUGGGCCUCAGCCAUUCAGGUUGGCAGCUCAUCACGCAGAUGGAGCAUCCAAGUUGGUGGUAGCCACUACACAGAACAAUGUCCUCGCUGGAAAACCCUUCUACAUCUGUGACAAGGCAGUGCUGAAGCUUAACGAACCCUACUUAUCAACCACUGCCCAGGACUUCCGGAUCUUCACACAGUUAGUGGAACAUCUGUGGAAAGAACUUCAAGGGUAUACUCAGAAGGAAAUUCUCAAUUUGGAUCCUUACCCUCUGAUUCGUGAACCUGGGCCUAUGCGAGAUCUCCAGAUGUUUCCAAAGGCUACCCGGGUACCCCACUUGAUCCUGAACCCAGCUGUACCUCACCGUGGUUUAUUCAGCCUGGCCCAAGAAACCUACCAACUUCCCAAUGACCACAAGCGAACCUGGAAUCGCUUCUGCCCUGUGCAGCAGCCACCCACAGUUUCCUGCCGGGUGCCUGUGGUGGAAAUCAUGUGUGUGCCACAUAUGUAUGAGACGGAGUAUAAAUGCUAUGGAAGUGGCAAACCUAUGCCAGUGUGAAAUGGACAGAGAUUUGUACUCACUCACUAGUCCCUUUUUCUACUUCAUCCAAAAAGAAGAAAAAAAAUAUUUCAUCAUGUUUACCUUUUAAUCAUUUUGUUGAAAUAACUAAAACAAAAACAAAAACUCUAGAUGCAUUCAACAAACAGAACAUUUUGACUUAUACUUUGCUAUACUGUCUUAGCAUUUUAGCUUCAUAAAGCUGUGAACAAACUAGGCAUAAAAGUUGCCAUGCAUGUGUGCUCACCUGAAGAAUAUUAGGCCCACAGCAGUAAGCAAACCAAUACAGGAUUAAUGUGCAAGAACUGAUUCUUGCAUUACUGUAUAUAAAGAAAAUAGAAGCAUCUUCAGAGGGACUUCUGGAGUGAAAUAAAUCUGCCCUUCUUGUCUUCUUAUAAAGUAGUUUAAUCUCACUCCAUACAUAACAAUACUAGAACCACAUAUAGUCCUCAAUUUAAGACCAAUUGUUUAGCAACAAUUUGAAGUUACAACAGACUUUCAUGGGGAUACUUACAAUCUGAUUCCAAAGUUCUAAUGGUUACACCACUGACUGCAUUUUG